AUGUCUCGUUUUCAAGUUGUGUUUAUGAUAGCUCAGUGCAUUAGUGUUUUAUAUUCGUGGGAUAUUAGUAAUUCACAUCGAAACGAUGUAAUUUUACGCCACGUUUCCCUGUACUAUCUACGUGCCUUUUUGUGUGUCCAAUCGGCUGAGAAUUCAACAGUCACCACCUUGGUGGAAUCAACAUGGCCUGAAAAUAUCAUCGCUAUAAAACCAAAGGCGUUUCCAAAUAGUGCCUUUCACUUAGGUAGAAAUAAAAAAGACUGCGAGAAAAUACACCAGGCUCUGUCAAGUGAUGUGGAUGGGAAUGGGUAUUUAUGGGUAUUGGACAUUGGAAGUGAACAUUGCCCGGCAAAAAUAAUAAUUUUUGAUCUCGAAAACAAAAAUACUGAGAUAUUACGCUCGACUCUAACCGGUUACAAUGGUAAAGACUUAACAUCUAUAAAAAUAAAUCCUUACACGGUGGGCACCGCCGACCACAUGGCCUAUAUAACUCUCAGAGCUGGUCUGCAUUUGAUCGCAUUUUUUUUCCAUAGUCGACAAUUUCGAAAAGUCGCUGUUUCAUCGGGAGACGAUUGGCCAGAAGACCAAGUAUACCCAACGGACAUUGCAUUCACUUUAGACAAAAGACUCUACAUAGCCGACAAGGAUGGGAAUUUGUACGUUACAGCUUCAAUGAACACAGCAAAUGAUACGGAAAUUAAAAGCAAUUAUUUGGGUACGCUGCUUGAUCAACCAAGGGGAUUGAUAACCGAUGAAAAAGGAUACCUUUAUUAUAUUAUUCCACGAUUUGGUGCCGUUGUUCGAUGGAACCCUACGCGAACAUUAAAUGCAGAAGGACACGAUGUUCUGAAAUUUCACACCGACUCCAUUAUUCAAAUUCUUUUCGGUGUUCGAGGAUCAGUUUGGAUUGCAAUGGAAAAAAUGCUAACAAUGCGUGAUCAUUGCUUACGUAUAAUGUAUCACUUUUCUAAUAAUGCAAUAUUAUAACUAGAAAUUAAUGUACCUUGGGAAUAAAAUCGCAUAAACAGAAAAUUGAACUUUCAUGGAAGAUAAAUAGGAAUGUACUGUGCAUACAGAACAGAAAAAGAAUUAACUCUCCAAUUUGGCCAAUUUUAAUAAAAAAAGGCACUGCACGCAAGGCUCGUUUGUUUUAGGUGGCAAUUGGUCAACCAGAAAUAAUUUAGAAGCAAUUGAGAGAAAGCAGGUAUCACACUUUGGUAGUAUAGAUAGGAUUUACCAAGAGAGGGUCAAAAGUCUUCAAAUCUAAUCAAAUAAUUAUGUAUGAGGCUACUGAAAGGCCUAAAUGGAAUAUAGUGUUUCAAU